UGGACGGUGAGGUUGGCGCAGUCCACCUGCACGCGGCACCCGAUACACACAGUGAGAAGCUCCGCUCGCAGCAGCCCAGGUCGGAGGCUCACGCGAGGCUCACCCCAGGACAACACCGGAACCGUGUGAGCAGCCCUCGCCCAGCCAGCUGCAGUCACCCCUCCAGCUGCCUGUGUCGCCCCCACGGCCAGACACACCUGGGUUUAAGACGACAGGUUGUAUGGUGGGCGUGGGGCGGCGGUAAGGAGCGGAGGCGGCUGUGACCCUGUGGCCGGGCAGGGGAAGAACGAUGCAGCUGGGGCGGGCGUGGGCGGUGGUGCUGCUGGUACUGGUGGCGACCGCUGCGGUCACGGAGGCCAAGAAGGGCAAGGGCCGCGGCAAGAACAGACGCAAAUUUGGCAGCCGCGGCAUCAUCAAAAAUUUCAAGUCUGAGGCCAGCCGUGCUUACUACAACCACAACGGCGGCGCCAAGAUCACCUUGUGGUCGCACUUCGAGUCUGAGUACGUGCUGGGACGCAAGAUCGUGUUCAUGUGCAAGGCGGAGGGAGAGCCUCGCCCUGUCAUCACCUGGUUCAAGGACGGCAUUGAGCUCUACUCCCACUCCUUCUUCCAGGUACACGAGUGGCAGGAAGGACCCAAGGCCAUCAAGAGCAAGAUGGAGAUCGACCCAGCCACACAGAUGGACGCCGGCUACUACGAGUGUCAGGCGGACAACAAAUACGCCGUGGACGUCAAGGGCUUCAGUGCCGACUACUCCAUAGAGUUUGUAUGAGCGGCACCUCCUCCCGGCAGCCACUCCUCAAUACCGACAACCGCCGCCACUACCUCCACCAACACCACCACAGCUGGCGGCUACACCACUGCGUCUGCCGGGAGGGCGUCUAUAGUUCGCGGCGCCUCGCACCACCCGGGAUGAGCUGACCCUUCACGUGGCGACGUCACGAGCGUCUUUUUCUUUCCACACCUCGACGACCAGCUCAAGAAAUACUCGUUGGAUCAAGAGGACGACCACUGCAGUUAGCAUAGCUUUCAGGGGACUGGAAGGCAGGAAUCACUGACUGUUAUGAGAGAUGGACUUCAGAAACACAGAGGGAGAUUUAGUAGGUUUUUCCAAGUUUGGUCAUUGCUCGCAGAGAUGGACUAGUUUGAAGUGAUUAUUUAGUUAGUGGUGAGAGAACUGAAUGUUAGGAUAUCAGAUUGGAGCAUUGGUAAAACCACCGAGCCUACCACGAGGGGCGAGCUACUUGACUGUCGCAGUCUGUCUUUAGGAAUGCAGGGAAUGUAGGAAAGCCAUCAGGGUAAUAAACUACUAAGUAUUCCGCACUGAACCAAGAAUAAAUGCAAGACUGUUUAUUGUUUGUAGAGGCAAUGAAGAGGGAUUAACGGAAGAAACACGAUAAAGAGGUUCUGUGAAGUCUAAAAUAAGGUAUACAAAGUAAUAAGAGGUUGUUCUUUUAUGUAGCACACUUCUAUAGCACAUACGUUUUCCUUCUCUUCCUCCUCCUCCUCCUUUCUUCUGCACUUCCACCUCUGCCCAUACCUCGGGCUUCUCUGUAUUCCCCAAAGGAGAAAAUGAAAAAUGGUGCUUUCUUUGACCGCCUCUCUGCACACUUAGUCCUUCUCCGAACCAUCGGGGGACAGCUGAAAGCUUUCACAUUUCACUCAGUAGGUAACGCAAGUUUCCCAGCCAGGUCAGGUACGCAACUUCAUGCUAUAGUGGCUCCAUUCACGUCAUGGAGGCAUUUCCGUUCGGAUUAGGUUACAAUGACUAUGUUCACCAGGUUAAGGAAAUAGAAUACUAUUGGUGCAGGUCUGAGGCACAUAACUCUGAAGUGUGCGGGAUUUUGUUUGGAAAGCAAGGGAAUGUGUCAAGGCGCAGUGAUAUGGAGACGUUUUUUACAUGUCACUAUGUGAGAUAAGGAAAACGUUCUGAGGCUGGUUGCCAAUCAUAGAAAUGUAACAAUUCAACAUCGACUUUCUUCACGAUACCGCUUAAUUAAUGCUUUGGCCACGCCUCUGAUGCUUUGCUUAGGUCAGGGAGACACUUUCCGGUGUUGGUGACUGUUCUGCAGGUCAGGAAAACAGUUAGGACACACCACUUGAUCCAGCAGGCCUGAGGGACACCACUGAGCAAUAGAAUGGCUCGUCUAGGCAGCUUAAAACGCUAGCAUGUUCUUCUUAUGCCUUCUUUCUGGCUUCAGCAAACCAAUCUUUCCUGUGUCUGGAGGAAUAAACUUCAGCUGCCUUGCCCUAGCUUGUCCAAGGAGUGACCGGGUCUGCCCGCCACCUAUUCCUGUUCCUGGCUUUUUAGUACACACAAUACAAGCAAGGCAGCGUUUGUAGAGUAUCCUGCGCCUGGAUUCCCGCUACGUUCCGUUUUACUGAUUCACACAGCAACUCACCAAUGUUCACCAACUUGUCAUGUUAAUACAACAAGUGGUUCAGGAGAUCUUUAAGGAUUUUGUCUCCUUGAGGUUAUCGCAACACAGAUGAAAAUACUUCUGUUAGAUAAUGUGUAUCAACGUGUUAUCAGUGUCCAGCAGAAGUAAAGUACCGUAUGUGUGUUUGAGGGCUAUGAAGCACAAAUAAUUUCAGGAUAUUAUAAGUUUUAGAAUAUGUGAUUAUCGAAUGCAAUGAAGCGAAGAUGUACAUAGAGGCAGCUGGCAGCUGUCCCAAACAUUCGCAUCAGACUGUCAGGCGUCACACAUAACCUACAAUAACCCUUACACUGCUACUUUUCUUUCAACGGCUUUUUUUUAGAUAUAUUUUUGUACUCCAGUCUCUUGAAUAAUUCACUAGGGCACAAAUUACAGAAUUAACAUUUUUUUAUUGUAUACCCAGAGUUUUUCUAUAAAACUCUGAAUGCCAACCAAACAUGAACAUAAGCAGUAAAAGGGUUAAUGCACCACUACUCCAUGACACAAGUUGUUCACAGUUCUUCAAGAGUUGUUCAGGAGUUGUGCUUUGUUUAUGUGUUCAGUACGAUGUUAUCACCCACCUCCCCUCUCCCUCCUCCCACACCCUAAGUGCAGGUGCUCUCUCGCGGCCCAUCUGUGGCUACCCGUGUGACCCUCGCUCCUCGCUCCCUCUGUUCCUCUCCACCUUACAAUUAUGCAGUUAUCCCACCUGCUCCUCUGCUUCCCUUGUACCCUCCCCUUCCCUUGUGUGUGUGUGUGUGUGUGUGUGUGUGUGUGUGUGUGUGUGUGUGUGUGUGUGUGUGUGUGUGUGUGUGUUUGUGUUUGUUUAUUAAAGUUCACCUCAAAUACAUACAUAUAACUAAAUAAUGCAUGUUAUUUUAAGUUUGUAUAUACGUACUAAACUGUUUUGACACAUUUUAGCUAUGUUAAAUAUAUGAAUGUAUGUGUGUGUGUGUGUGUGUGUGUGUGUGUGUGUGUGUGUGUGUGUGUGUGUGUGUGUGUGUGUGUGUGUGUGUGUGUGUGUGUGUGACCUCCUUUGGUUUAAGCACACAAGCGACACACAUCAUACCGCCAUUGCUCCUCUGAUUCCCACGGCGCACCUGCCCUGCUUGCAUUGCAACAUGGGCGAGGAACAACACGCGUGCCGUGAACUAUAUUUCAAUGCGUCAAAAGUGUGUCCUUCAUGACGUGUAGCACACUUGAACACACCUCCCCAUACCUGUCUUGCUUUACUAUACAUUUAUCCAGCGAUUGUAACGAUUUUCAGGUGUGGAGUGUACCUGGGAUGAGUUUUAGCACUCCCUCAGGUGAAUCAGUUCGUUAGUCAGGUUAUUUGCUAUCAUUGUUUAAUGAGUCAAAAGGGCAGAGAAGUGUAUCACAGUCUUUGUAAUUUGUCAGUCAUUGGCUCGAUUAUGCUUAUGUUAUCCAAAUUAAGUUAGUGUUAGUCUGUUAGCACAACGGACAAACGGUUAGUGUAAUUCUAAGUACGUCACUCUACUAACUUAUGAGUUUGUAAUUCAUUUUAUAUUUGCUGAAUCCGUCAGUCGGUUAGUAUGUCAGCAAAAGAGACAGUGAGUGAGUUUGCUAUUCUGCUUUUUUAACAGUUAGUCAGUCACAAUGUCAGCUUGUGCGUCUGUUAUUCAUUUUAAAACUGUUGAGUCGGUCAGUGUUAGACAUUCAUUUAGUGUAUCACUAAGUCAGACAAUGAAUGAAUUAAAUUAAUCAGUCGAUGCACCAUGACAGUCAUUUAGAAUAAUAUUGCAGAGACAAUGUGCCAGUCACACAGUCAGGGCGGACAAUGAGCUGAGUCAGUAGGUGAAUGAGUGUCAGUGUCACAACCCUUCAUUAUGUUUCGGUACCUUGAUCUGCCACCAGCACCUGCACCUUGCUCAACCCUUCACCUCACACCGCGUCCUCCCAUGAUCUCUGCCUUCCCCUGCUUCUUGAUUCCUUGCCCUGACCCUGCUUCAUAUCUGGUCCUUGCCAUGCCAACGCUUUGGCUCCCCUGCCAUCUCCACCCUCCGGCCUGGUACCCCUGAAUCACCUGUCAGCCCCACCUCACACAUCCUCCUAGUACCUGUCACAGUCAAGAAAUACUAUAUUUUAUCGUCACUAGAAAGAGAGUAGUGUUACGUAUACCUGUCAGUCACCUGUCUUUAGUAGUUAAAAGUUGGUUACUUCUUAAAACAUGUAUUUGACGUCCAUUAUUAUGCAUAUCAUACAUAUGUACACUAUUAGUCUUGUUGCAUAUUGAUACUGCUCCAGAGUGCUAUAUGUAUCAUAUAGUAUUUACUAUAUAUAUAGGUUAGAUACAAUUAUAUUAGUGCACUUAGCUAUAUUCAUAAUAAAUUGUACUCUACUGGUGA